GUAUGUCAUUAAGGAUGUAACAUGACGUCCACACAUCGUGACUUUCAUAAAGCAGACGGGAUAUCCGUGUUAUUAGUGUAUGUUUCACUUUCUCCACGGCUCUGACAAUCCACGAACAUCCGGAAUCCACCGUUUCGACUGAUUUGCUAGAAAUCUUCCAAUCUGGCCACAGCGCUGGUGUGAGCUCGGCUAGCCACAGUGUGAGCUCAGCUAGCCACAGUGUGAGCUCAGCUAGCCACAGUGAGAGUUGUGACACCAGGUCAGCCUAUCUUCGGCUCUCAGUGCUGGGGAAGUGACGGUGAUUCCUACACGUCUGCUCGACCAUUGCUCCACUCUAAAGACUUCAGACUGUGGGAAGUGUGGUGAUGAAACAUUCUGCUCCUGCGCUGCUCCGACCAGCAGGUGGCAGAAGGGAACAGGAUUCGAUUUACGACUGUGACCUUGCCCUGCAGUUACAGGGUCAACCCACCACCCACUUUGCUGAGAACAAAAACACUCAGAGACACAUGCAGGCAGAGUUACACUCCCGUCUCACACGCUGUCACGGUCACUUUAAGGCAGAUAAAGAAGAGCUGAAAAACAAGGAAGCAGCAGAAGGAGUGUAGCCGAAGGGAAACCACCCCUUUGUUUCUGUAAACAAGUGUGUCCGAUGGGUGGAGGAGCCACCCGGCUGUACAGCGCUUUGACUCACGCCAUCAGCAGCAGCUCUCCUCUCCCCCUCCCUCCAUCCCCGCUGGACCCCCAACAGCCUGCCAACACAAACCUGGAUCCAGACUUCUGCCAGGAGCCGAGGGGGUCCCCUGUCUGUUCCCCGGAUCCAGUGGAGCUGCUCCGACAGUGUGAGGAGGCCCUCAGGGACCGACCACCUCGCCUCCACAGGAAGUUCGUUUACCUUAAUGAGGGAAACAGCGCCCCCAGCAGCCCUAUUCGGGUGUUGCAGUGGAACAUACUGGCACAAGCUCUGGGUGAAGGACUGGACAGUUUUGUGCAGUGUCCCCUGGAGGCUCUCAGCUGGUCCCGCAGGAAGUACCUCAUCUUAGAGGAGAUCCUCACCUACCGACCUCAUAUCCUGUGCCUGCAGGAAGUCGACCACUACUAUGACACCUUCCAGCCGGUUCUGGCCGGCCUGGGUUACAGCAGCAGCUUCUGCCCCAAACCAUGGUCGCCCUGUUUGGAUGUGGAGGGCAACAACGGGCCGGACGGCUGCGCCCUGUUCUUUGACCAGUCGCGAUUCGAGCUGCUGGACAGCGUGAACAUACGCCUCUCUGCCAUGAGGAUUCCAACCAAUCAGGUUGCCGUGGUGACGAUGCUUCGCUGUCGGAGCACAGCGAGAUGCUUGUGUGUAGCAGUGACCCACCUGAAAGCCCGUGUGGGCUGGGAGUGGCUGCGCAGCGCUCAGGGCUCCGACCUCCUGCGACAGCUCCAGAACCUGGUCCAGAAACACGCCGGCGGUCCCACGGGCGACCUCAGCGCUGACAUUCCUCUGCUCAUAUGCGGCGACUUCAACGCAGUCCCAACUGAGGAGGUGUACAGACGUUUCAUCACAUCACCUCUCAGUUUGGACUCGGCCUAUAAGAAACUCAGCAAAGACGGUUUGUCGGAGCCAGAGUACACGACGUGGAAGAUCCGUCCGACAGGGGAAUGUUGCUCCACUCUGGACUACAUCUGGUACAGUCGGGACGCACUGAGAGUGGACGCUGUGUUGGACAUGCCCACUGAGGAACAGAUUGGACCAGACAGGCUUCCAUCCUUUAGCUAUCCGUCUGACCAUCUCUCUCUGGUUUGUGACUUCAGCUUUAAGGAGGGAGAGUGACAGCGAAGGGAUGAAUCUGCUCAUGAGAAGGGACGACGAGUCAAGACUGGCUCCUGGUUGGUUUCGCUCCACGAGCAGGCGCGGACGAGGCGCCACGUGAAAGUGAAACGAUGAAUGAAGACAGGAGGCCGAGAAAUCAGAGAGAUUGUAAUGACAGUGAAGUUGUACAUUCUAACGCUGCAGUGAUCUCCCUAAACUCUGACACUGUGUUUUCCACAGCAGCUCACUCAAACGCAGUGAAACUGAUGAGUAGGAGUUUUUUCUUUUGUUCAAAUAAAGCUGUAUUUAAGGUGUUUCACUCUGCCCAUGUGCUACAGAGUUGAUGAGAAUAAAGGAUUUCUGCUGUA